UCGACCUUAUUAAUCCAAGAUGAGAAAACAUAGACAGUUGCAUCCAAAGGACAUACAGUAGCUGUUUUUAUGCUGCUCACCUAAUUUAUUAGUGGUUUAUGGGUAAUUUUGAGGGUUUUUGCUGAAUACUCUACUUCUUCAGAGAAGAAAUGGCCCAAAACACUCGCCGUGGUUCCAAGUACAAGGCAGAUGCCAACCACGAUGCUGAUUUUGGUUGCACACUUCAAGAGCUUCGAUCGCUCAUGGAACUCAGAGGGACCGAAGGAUUACAAAGAAUCCAGGAGAGUUAUGGCGAUGUCCAAGGACUGUGCUCCCAAUUAAAAUCGUCACCCACAGAUGGGCUGAGCAUAAAUGCUGAUGACCUUGCCAGACGAAAAGAAAAUUUUGGAAAAAAUUUCAUACCUCCGAAAAAGCCCAAAACAUUUCUUCAGUUAGUGUGGGAAGCACUGCAAGAUGUGACACUAAUUAUUUUGGAAGUUGCAGCCAUGAUAUCCUUAGGCCUUUCCUUCUACAGACCUCCAGAUGCUGAAAGAGAAACAUGUGGAAGAAUUGCAGGAGGAGUAGAGGAUGAAAGUGAGGCAGAGACAGGAUGGAUAGAGGGUGCCGCCAUCCUUUUAUCAGUCGUCUGCGUGGUGGUCGUCACAGCCUUUAAUGACUGGAGCAAAGAAAAGCAGUUCCGUGGCUUGCAGAAUCGCAUCGAACAGGAGCAAAAGUUCACAGUGGUGCGAGGAGGUCAAGUUAUUCAGAUUCCUGUGGUCGAGAUUGUUGUUGGAGACAUCAUUCAAGUAAAAUAUGGUGACCUCCUUCCUGCUGACGGCGUUCUAAUCCAAGGAAAUGAUCUUAAAGUUGACGAGAGCUCUCUCACAGGAGAAUCGGACCAUGUCAGAAAGGCUCUGGACAAGGAUCCCAUGCUACUCUCAGGUACUCAUGUUAUGGAAGGCUCUGGAAGGAUGUUGGUCACCGCAGUUGGCUUGAAUUCCCAGACUGGUAUCAUCUUCACUCUCCUUGGUACAGGAGAUGAUGAAGGACAUGAUGAAAAAGAUGAAAAGGAGAGAAAGAAAAGGGAGAAGGAGGAAAAGAAGAAAGAAAAGGAAAGGCAAAAAAAGGAGAAGAGAGGAAAGAAGGGCAAAAAAACAGACAACCAUCAAGAUGCGUCCGAUAAAUGCAAGGAUAAAGAUGGAGUAGGUGCUGAAGGUCAGCUUCUCAGCAGUGAGGAUGGGACAGUGGUUGAGAACAAAAAGAAAUCUAGUCUGCCGAAGAAAGAAAAAUCUGUACUUCAAGGAAAGCUCACUAAACUAGCUGUGCAAAUUGGAAAAGCAGGGCUUUUCAUGUCCGCCAUCACAGUAAUCAUCUUGGUGGUGCUCUUUUUGGUGGACACUUUCUGUAUCCAAGGGCUGCCAUGGAUUAAAGACUGCACCCCCGUCUAUAUCCAGUUUUUUGUCAAGUUUUUCAUCAUUGGCGUCACUGUGUUGGUUGUUGCUGUGCCAGAGGGACUUCCUCUCGCUGUCACCAUUGCAUUAGCAUACUCUGUCAAAAAAAUGAUGAAUGAUAACAACUUGGUCAGACACUUGGAUGCGUGUGAAACUAUGGGCAAUGCCACUGCCAUCUGCUCAGAUAAGACGGGCACAUUAACCAUGAACAGAAUGACUGUGGUGCAGGUUUAUGUGGGAGACAGACACUACAGGAGGGUACCUGAAGCUGAUCUUAUUCACAGCAAGAUCUUGGAUCUGCUGAUCAUUGGCAUUAGUGUUAACUGUGCAUAUACUACUAAGAUCAUGCCACCUGAGAAGGAAGGUGGCCAACCUCGUCAGGUGGGGAACAAAACUGAAUGUGCCUUGCUGGGGUUUACACUUGACCUGGGCAGAGACUACCAAAUCAUCCGCAAAGAAUAUCCAGAAGAAAGGCUUUUUAAAGUAUACACCUUCAACUCUGUGAGAAAAUCCAUGAGCACAGUGCUGAAACAUUUUGAUGGAAGUUACCGAAUGUUCAGCAAAGGAGCCUCUGAAAUUCUCCUGAAGAAAUGUUGUAAAAUUCUAACGGCUAGAGGGGAUUCCAAGAUCUUUAAAUCUAGAGAUCGAGACGACCUGCUGAAACAGGUGAUUGAGCCCAUGGCUUUAGAGGGUUUGAGGACAAUUUGUCUGGCCUACAGGGACUUUCCUACUUCAGAAGGGGAGCCAGACUGGGACAAUGAGGCUGACAUCCUUACAGGGCUCACUUGUAUCUGUGUCGUUGGCAUUGAAGAUCCUGUACGGCCAGAAGUCCCUGAUUCCAUAAAGAAAUGUCAGCGGGCAGGAAUCACAGUACGUAUGGUCACUGGGGACAACAUUAACACUGCUCGUGCUAUUGCCAAUAAAUGUGGCAUCCUUCAUCCUGGAGAUGAUUUCCUGUGCCUUGAAGGCAAAGAAUUUAACAGGCGAAUACGCAAUGAACUAGGAGAGAUUGAGCAAGAGCGUCUUGACAAGAUUUGGCCUAAAUUGCGUGUGCUGGCAAGAUCCUCUCCAACUGAUAAGCAUACAUUAGUAAAAGGUAUAAUCGAUAGCACAGCUAUAGAGCAAAGACAAGUAGUAGCCGUAACGGGAGAUGGAACAAAUGAUGGCCCUGCCUUGAAGAAAGCUGAUGUUGGCUUUGCUAUGGGCAUUGCUGGAACAGAUGUGGCCAAAGAGGCCUCGGAUAUUAUCUUGACAGACGACAACUUCACCAGCAUAGUGAAAGCUGUGAUGUGGGGGCGAAAUGUCUAUGACAGCAUCUCAAAAUUCCUGCAAUUUCAACUGACAGUCAAUGUAGUGGCCGUAAUCGUGGCAUUCACUGGUGCCUGUAUCACACAGGACUCUCCACUAAAGGCAGUCCAGAUGUUGUGGGUAAAUCUGAUCAUGGACACAUUUGCAUCGCUAGCUCUGGCUACCGAACCGCCCACUGAGGCUUUACUGCUGAGGAAACCCUACGGUCGCAACAAGCCCCUUAUCUCUAGAACAAUGAUGAAAAACAUUUUGGGUCAUGCUGUAUACCAGCUCACUAUCAUCUUUACUCUAUUGUUUGCUGGUGAGAAGAUCUUUGACAUUGACAGCGGCAGGAAUGCUCCUUUACACGCCCCUCCUUCAGAACAUUAUACAAUUGUCUUUAACACCUUUGUCAUGAUGCAACUGUUCAAUGAGUUCAACGCUCGCAAGAUCCAUGGCGAGAGGAAUGUGUUUGAUGGCAUCUUUAAUAACCUGAUCUUCUGUUCUAUUGUUCUUGGCACAUUUGUUAUACAGAUUGUGAUUGUGCAAUUUGGUGGAAAGCCCUUCAGCUGUGUAGGUCUUAGUAUUGAGCAGUGGCUUUGGUGUGUCUUUCUUGGCUUUGGAUGCCUUAUAUGGGGGCAGCUGAUAACUACCAUUCCCACAAGUCGGCUUAAGUUCCUGAAGACUGCUGGACAUGGUACCCAGAAGGAGGAGAUUCCAGAGGAGGAACUGGAGGACAUGGAAUCCUUGGAUGAAAUUGACCAUGCUGAGAUGGAAUUGAGAAGAGGGCAGGUCCUCUGGUGCAGGGGUCUCAACAGAAUCCAGACACAAAUCCGUGUGGUGAAUGCUUUCCGGGAAGCCUUGUCCCCAUAUGAAGGCUUGGAGACUCCAGAAUCACGAAGCUCCAUCCACAACUUCAUGACCCACCCAGAGUUCCGCAUUGAAGACUCUGAUCUGGCCAUCCCCCUGAUUGAUGAAACAGAGUCUGAGGAAGACAGAUCAGCAAAACGCAGUUUUGUACCUUCAGGCAUUCCUUCUGGUGCAUCUUCACCUAACCAGAACAAUCAUUCUGCCAACACCAGAACAAAUCAUCACUACAAGGACUAUACUCCUCAAACUCCUGGUAGUCCUAUGCACAGUCUGGAGACAUCACUGUGAUUUCGCUCCAUCUAGAAACCCUGCUAAGAUCACAUCUAUACCAAACAUACUAUGGCCAUGUUGACAUUGAGCACAACCAGGAGGUCAAGUGACAGUGAUUUCUUCAAGUAACACAUUCCAGGAUUCAAAUCCCUAGAAACUUUCAUUUACCUAAUCACUGCCUGGUGUAAUUGGGGUGUGCCUUUUACUCCUCAGUUGAACAUUUUCCCCAGAUAUAUAGCAGCUCUGCAUUCCAGUUCAUAAAAUUGUACAGAAACCCAUAAUGAAGCCUGAAGCUGCAAUGCUUGUAUUAUAUAGUGUUCUGGUGCAUAUGUAGUCUAUUAAGUAAAUUAAUAGUGCAGUGCUUGUUUAACCCAUAUUUAACAAAACUAUUGAAUGCUUAUUUAGGGUUUCGGUGAAUAUUGUCAAUUUUUUAAAACCAUCUAAACAAUUUGAUUAUAUUUAUUUAGUAAGGAGUUGGCCUGUUAAUCUACUUGUCAGAAAACUGACCAAUGUGUCUGGAUGUCAUUUUCAUGUGGAUUAAAAAAAAUCAAAUGUG